AGCAGCGCCCGACCCGCCCGCCGUCUCCGCUCGCAGAUCGCUGCCGCUGCUAUAUGGCGUCUGGUUCUGUUCCUCCUGGGAGGAGGGGGCUGGUGUCUUGCGCGCACAGCCUCAACUGCCGCGCCGACGAUGCGCCUCUGCCUCUUUACCCCGACCUCGAAAAGGCCAUCUACAAGCUCAUCGUCGACUUCUACGACCAGGCGUUCAACCGGCUGCCCUGCGACAGGAUUCCGGGCCUCCGCGACCUGCUCACCACCGCCGGCACCUGCUUCGGCCUCCUCGACCCCGUCUCCAACAUUAUCCUCAACACCCUUGCCCUCCUCCCCGAAGGCGCCGCUGCGGCAGCUUCCACCGCUCCACCCGCCACGAAGAAGUUCAAAAGACCAGCACACAACGCCUGGCAGUGGCACGACAUUGCAAACAGGUCCUACAACAGUCUCCUGGGCUUCCUCAUGCCUACUUCGGAUGUCUCUGCACCAAGCAACAGGCCGCCCGCUACCUCUACUGGGCCGAUGCCAAUCUCAGCCUCGCCGUCAUGCUCCUCCAACACGAUCUCUACUAUGAAGAGGUGGAGGCACUGGACCCUGAAUCCGACAGGACACAGGCUGCCCUCGAGUGGGCGGCCACCAUGGCCGGUCACCCUUCCCCCGGCGUUUUGACUAAGCUCAUGUCGUCCCGGCUCAAAGAGGACGACUUUCACUUUCUGGAGAAGCUACUCUUUUCAGCAGCAGAUGCCCCUCUCAAGGUUGAUGAUGUCGGAGCAAUCGACCGCGUACUGCGCGAGAUGAUGAGCCCGCCCUGUCUUGCCACCAUAAUCCAUACCAGAAAAGGGCCGAUUCUCCAUGUCCGUAAGAACCUCGACGCCGUGUGGUCAACCACCCCCUCCACUACAGAGGACACCUGCAGGAUCACCUCCACCGCCCUCUCCUUGGACGGAAAACCCAUCUCGUCGCUGCAAUGCGGACUGCCCGACAAGCUCCAACGUUGCCUGGGAAGAGCAGAUGGCCUGGAACAAUAUUUGAAGAAGACCCCGUGCAGCGGUCACGCCUGCGAUUACCUGCAAACCCUCAAGAUGCGCCUCCAAGGUAUGAUUCACAACUUCUGCAUCAAGGCGCUCAAGCUGCUUCCCACACCAUCCGGCUCACUCAUGCGCGGCUUCCUCAUGGCCGGCCACUGCUACGGCUCCAUGGACCCUGUCUCCAACAUCAUCGCCAACUCCAUCUGGUACAACAGCCACAGCUGCCCUCUCCCAGAGUCUGAACGCAGCAAGAUUGAGAAAUACAAUGACAUCCUGGACCCCCAUUCUCUGCUCCGCACACAGGUUCACUCCCUCAAGGGCCUAAUGGAGCUUGCCGCAUUCGCCGGCCCCCAGUUCUCAACAGAGGCUGGUGCUCUGGAGUUGCUCUGCGGUGCAAGAUGUGACAUCGUUGACAUGUUGCCAUCAUCGCCAGAGAUGCUUGAAAAGAAGAACCCCUUCCAUGAAGCUGCCAAGGCCGCUGGACACCCUCUACCGCUUCAGCUGGGUGAACUGCACCGGCUGCUGCUACUGAUGCCUGAUGAGCGAAGCGCGCUGCUCUCCUUGAUGACUGAGGCUCGAACUGGCCGUACUAUGUUGCGCCUCGAUGACAUGACACUUCAUAUGAGGCGCAUGUGGCUCAAAUGCUCGGCUACCAAAACUGGUGGCAUUGUGCGAGCUCCUAAACUUUUUCCAGAGUCUCGGAAGUUGGUGUCAAGCAUGAGAUCAAAGUAUGAGGAGCGGAGGAAUUGGUUCCGUUCAAAGAUUGAACAGGUGCUGAAGGAUUACACGACCCAACAUUUUUGGGUACGUAUAUCCUUAGCUAGCUGCUACGAACAUUUUUGGCCUACUCUCUUACUCGACUUGCUUGCUAUGUUGUAGGAACCAAAAUAUAAACUUGAUAUUAUCUCUGGCGUGGAGGCAAUCAACCAGGGCCGCCCCCCUUGGGUGAGAUGUGCUACCGCGUGAACUUCACUGCUACAUCUGAUUUGCAGCUUGAGAGGACGCUAUUCUUCGCCGAGUUUUUGUUCUCGGGUGGGCCAAGGCCAGAGACCUGCUGCCCUCUACCCUAUGAGUAUGCGGGCCGUUGCUACUAUGGCGAGCAAACCGCAAGGAAAAUUGUGUAUCCUGAUGACGCCAAAUACAUUCCGCACGAUAUCGCCGCGUGGAUGACAUGCUAGAGAUGGACGUCGUCCACUUCAGUUCCGAGAUGGACGUGGAGCUCACGGAGAAACUCAACAAGAUGCAUGCCCAUUGAAGAGUGAGUCUGAGUGAAUCUUCUGUCGCAGCGGGCGAGCUUGUGUGUGAUGCUAUCAGUUGUGAAGUCAUACCGUAGUACUAUAUAUGCUUCCUGCUGUGUGUAAUGAUGUCCUAAUUAAUUCGCAUUUCUGUGAUGUAUCAUCUAGACUGCAUGUUUGGUUGCCUUGACAUAGCUACUAGUAGUGUUAUGCAUG